AGCUUCUUCCUUCGCUGUCCAUCAGCUAUGGCAGGUCCAAUUGAAUUCACGGAUGAAGUCUUAGGUGCUGGAGUGAACAGGGCACGUUUGAGCUUGGUGGGCAGACUCCUUUGCUCGUCACAUCCUUCCAGAAUCAGGGUGCAACAUGCUGCAAAUAACAUAUGGGCUAAGCGUGCUGCAGUCACAGUCCUGGAUGCUGGAUAUGGCCUAUUUCAAUUGGUCUUUGCUAACGAAGAGGACUAUCAGGAUGCUUUGAGCAAAGCCCCAUGGUUCAUCCAGUCAAAGAUCCUCACUCUGAAGAAGUGGGAGAAACCAACUCCCCAGCUGUUCCUUGACCUUGCUCGGGUUCCUUACCCAGUUCAGCUUUGGGAUCUGCCGGAAGAAUACCGAACGGUGGCGUUGGGAAGGCUGUUAGCUUCAAGGCUUGGACCAGUGGAGGAAGCGGCAAUGUACGCAGUAUGGGACAACCCAGGCUGUGUGUUCAAGGCCAAAGUCCUUAUUGAUGUUUCUGCCCCAUUGGAACAUCGGUUGGAAGCUCGUAAAAGGGCAAAUGAUGGAUCGGUCGGGCCAACGUUUUGGGUGUCAUUAAGAUAUGAAAAUAUUAAGUCCGUGUGUUUCCGCUGCAGGCGCAUUGGACACAAUCAACGCAAUUGUACUUUUGAUUUGAUCCCAGGUGGUGAUGGAUUCGGACCUGAGGUGUUGGGUGAAAGAACGGGACCAAAGCUGAAUGAGAACUCUUAUGCAGCUUUUCGAAACGGUGGCCGACCACGCGGAAACGUGUGGCGUAAGGGUGGACGGCCAGGCCCUCGACCGGUGGUGCAACCGCGGCUUCAAUUAGAAGCUCCUCCGCCUGCAGCCAAUUCGUCAGAGGCAGCUGGGCAAUCAUUGAGCAGAGUUGGGACAAACCAGCGCAAUCUCCGUGCUAACAACAUCGGCGGCGGAUCCAGGCCAAAGCAGAUGGGGAAAAUAAGAAGUGGGCCUCGACUCUUGGAGAAGGGUGAUGCUGGGCCAGCUACUGUUGCAGCUAGGGAGGCAGCUGAGCGGGGCCACAAACCAAAUAAUGGGUUGUCACAUACUCAAGGGCCUCUCUGCAGGAGUCGAGCAAAUGAAAGCAUGGUGGUGAGCUUGAACCAGUGUGGGGACCUAGCACGGGCUCAGCCCAACGACGGCGGGAAUGGCCUUCUUUUGGCGCUUCCAUGUGCUGUGGCAACUCCCUUGCAAAUCCAGGAGCCUUCAGCUUCGUAUGGUUUAGGUAAUUUGUUUUGUGAUGAAGAUCCGGGCUUUUUGUAUGAAGAAAUGGGAGAUUCUCACUUUUUUUUGCAAGGUGGCUCGGACACGCUUAACAAAGAACUGCAACUAGAUUCAGAUUCCGCGGUCUCCUGCUCACCGAUUGGGGUGGUGACUAAUGGACAAUCAAGAGGAAAAGCAAUCUUGGUCGAAUCCUCGGGGUCACCAAAGGUUUAUGUCAGGAGGAAUGCUGGAAUUUGUAUUCAAGAACCUGAGGAUGGGGUGGUUGAAUCUGGUCUCAAGCGCCCACGCAUUGAAGUGCCAAAGAACAAAGGAAUAAUGGUGGAGGUAGCCAGCCCCAAGUGGCCCCAAGUUGAUAAAUGAAGGUCUUCGCGUGGAAUUGUCAAGGUGUGGGGAGUACCUUGACAUUCCAAACGCUUAAAGGUCUCCGCAAUUUGUCUAAGUCCUUUCUUUUUCUUUGUGAAACAAUGAAUCCUAGUGACAAAGUGUCAUCUUUUAUUUCCUCUUUAGGUUUCUCUAGUUGCUAUCCUGUUGACCCUACCGGUAUGUCGGGGGGUUUAGUCUUUGCUUGGCCUAGUUGGGCCUCUGUGUCAGUCAUUGGGUCUUCCCCUUUUUUUAUUGCUAUUGCGGUCAUCAAUAAUAAGUCAUUUUCCUA